UUGACGUUUGGCAUGUUGCGACAUAACCUCACAGUUUUAUUUACAGUCGUAUUCACGUGUAGUCGUUAAAAAUGGGGGAAAACAGCGACGACGAGUCGCAAGUUAACACAGGACCUGUGGAAAAUGCGUGGGAAUUAAAGGUGCCGGAAUUCAAGCCAGAACAUAACCCUCAUGGUUUGAUUGAAGAAAGUAGUUUUGCAACAUUGUUUCCUCAGUACAGAGAGCAAUAUUUAAGGCAAGUUUGGCCUUUGGUGCAGAAGGCGUUGGAGGAGCAUCAUGUGAAGGCUGAGUUGGAUGUAGUUGAGGGUAGUAUGACUGUAAAAACCACACGUAAGACUUGGGAUCCGUAUAUUAUUAUUAAAGCGAGGGAUAUGAUCAAAUUGCUGUCUAGAAGUGUGCCUUUCGAGCAGGCUAAGAGGGUUUUGGAGGAUGAUGUGGGCUGUGACAUAAUUAAAAUAGGUAAAUUGACGAGGAAUAAAGAGAAGUUUGUCAAACGGAGACAGAGAAUAAUAGGGCCAAAUGGGUGUACAUUAAAGUCAAUAGAGUUGUUAACAAAUUGUUAUGUGUUGGUACAAGGACAGACAGUGUCGGCUUUGGGGCCUUACAGAGGUUUACAACAGGUUAGAAAAAUUGUUGAGGACACAAUGAAGAACAUACACCCAAUAUACAAUAUUAAAGCGCUUAUGAUAAAACGGGAGUUGGCAAAGGACCCAAAGUUGAAAAACGAGAAUUGGGAGAGGUUUUUGCCCAAAUUUGUUAAUAAAAAUAUCAGUAAAAGGAAACAACCCAAAAAGAAGAAAGAGAAGAAAGAAUAUACUCCCUUCCCUCCUUCCCAUUCAGAAAGCAAGGUUGACAAAGAAUUGGCCUCGGGAGAGUUCUUCCUCAACAAAGAGCAAAAAAGGGUCAAAAAACAAAAAGAAAAGGAUGACAAACACGCAGAAGCGGCCAAAAAGCGCGAAGAAAAACGAAACGAGGCCUUUAUCCCGCCGGAAGAACCCACCACUUCGAAAAAUAAAACUAAUGUCGACACUAAAGUGGAUAUUGCUGCUCUUAAAGAUAAAAUUAUGAAGGCAAGAAAGGGUGCUAAAAUGUUUAAUAAGAAAUAAUAAUUAAUAAAAAUAUAUCUUAU